CAUAGGUAUACCGAAGAAGAGGAAGGGACUUCAUUUGGAAACCCUCCUCCGUUCCUUCCGCUUAUUGUGCCCAGUCCGCCUCCGGAGACCCCAAGAACAAGAAGAGGAACAAGGAGGUGGAGAAUACAUCGAUCCAAACGAACGCCACGAUCGAGACGAUCGAGAGAUAAAAUGGCGUCGGCCUGCUUCUUCGCCCGCUGCGUCUCCGUCCCUGCGCACCUCCUGGCCAACCCCACGCCCCUCGCCAUCACCACCUGCGGGCUGCGGCGGCUUGGAGCCGCGGGAGCGAGGCCGGUGUGCGCCGCCGGGAGGAUGCUCGGCUCCGUCAGAUACGGCACCGGAGCGGCGUUGGGCCCCAAGGAAGCCGAUGCGGAGGUGGCCGCCGUGCCGCCGUCGGUGCCGGUGCGCGUCGCCUACGAGCUGCAGCUGGCCGGCCACCGCUACCUCGACGUCAGAACGGAGGGUGAGUUCGGCGGCGGGCAUCCGGCAGGAGCGGUGAAGCUUCCUCUUGUGUCUUGUGAUCAUAGAAAGAAAUAUAUGGGACCAAUGUUGGCAAGAUCAGUUAUAGUUAAUCAUCUAGUCCAACGCAAAAGGGAUGGCGAAAAACUCGGGUUUUCUAGAGCAAGUGUCGGCGAUAUUCAGGAGAGAGGACGAGAUCAUCAUCGGAUGCCAGAGUGGCAGGAGAUCUCUCAUGGCAGCAGCCGAACUCUGCUCCGCUGGCUUCAGUGGCGUGACCGACAUCGCCGGAGGGUUUUCUGCUUGGAAGGAGAACGGGCUGCCGAUCAACCAGUGACGUCGUCGACUUCUCUGAAUGUGUCUGAAACAUUACACGUCUUGAUCUUGGAUCCAAGACACCAUGAUAGUGCACUCAAUAAAUGUUAGCACAACAAGAGAUUAUGAGCCUCUUCAAUAUUCCUUUCAACGCCUUC